AUGUUUCGAUUAAACACCUCUACAUCAACUCGAGUUGCCAGCCAGCUUGCGCAAAUCAGAAAGGCCUCAACGCAAUCCAAGCCUGAAAAAUUUCUUCAAACCAUUGUUUUGAGCAAUGGAGCAACUUACACCGUCAGAACUACUUCUCCUACUCGUGCUCAGAUUCGUUUGACCAAAGAUACUCGCAACCAUCCUCUUUGGAAUCCAUCCAUGUUGAAGGAAGGUGUUACCGAUGAAAGUGAACAAUUGACAAAGUUUCAAAAGCGUUUUGGUGAUUUGGAUUUGGGUGAUAUUUCUUGGAUUGAAAGCGAUGAGGCUGUCUCAAAUGCCAUGAAGAAGGCCGCUGCUAGCGGUGGUCCACCAAAGAAGGUUGCUACCAAGGGAAAGAGAAAGUAG